AUGAUUAAAUGUUCUAAAAUAAAAUAUGAUGCGAUUAUUUUCUCUGAAGUCAAAUUGAAGAAAGGAUUUCCUAUUCAUCUUUACAUUAUUCCAGAAUAUAAGAGAUAUGCGAAUCUUCGUUCAGAAGAAGGAGGUGGGGGAGUUAUUGUUUUUAUAAAGAAUGACAUCGUAGUUGAAGAACAAACGUCGCUAACUUCAGGAUUCGAAAAGCUUAAACUUAUGAUUUUUAAUGACAACAGAAAACUCAAAUUAUUAGCAUAUUAUAGACCGCCUAUUCAGACAAAUUUGAACCAAUUUUUGAGUGAUUUGGAAAAUGAAAUCUCAUCAAGCAAUUCGAAAACUAUUAUCGUAGGUGACAUCAACAUCAACACUUAUUCGCUGAGCUUAAGGGAGCUAAGUCAUGACAUGAUUACUCGUCAAUAUAACGAAAUGAUCACAAGUUAUGGUUUUAAAGUUAUAAACAACAUCCCAACAAGGCUUGCAAGUGGCAAAACCAUUGAUCAUUUUAUCACAAAUCUCCACAAUGAUCAUACAAUUUCUAACGUUACUCUGAGGGUAGACGACGCCAUCUCAGACCAUUGUGCACUUAUAACUUCCGUUAACUAUCCACAAGCAACAAAACAAAUUACUUCAAGGAUCAUAAGGAACAAAGUUGACUUGGACUUGUUAAUGGAUAACUUCGAAGAUAUUUCAUCAGUAUGUGACGACUUCAAAAAUACAGACGAAAUUGUGGAAAAAAUUACGGAAGAAAUUAAAAGAGCAGUGCGCUUAUCAUCAAGAACAUUAAGUUUUAAAAUAAAGAAAUCUGAGAACAUCAAAGAUUGGGCUUCAGAAGGUCUUUUAAGUAUGAUUAAAGAAAAAGACAAAUUGCUGAUGAAGAGAAGAAAGAAUCAUAUGAGUAAAGAUAUUCAAGAAAAAUUGGAAGUGAUGAGUGGGAAGCUGAAAAAGAAGAUGAAAGAUGAUUUUAAUAAUUUCAUGCAACAAAUGGUCAAAGUUCCAGAUCCAAAAAAGCUGUGGCGAAAUCUCAAUGUUUUACUUGGAAGAACGAGCGAGAAUACUAUUGAGGUAAUCGAAGAAGCUGGCAAGAAACUCAAGAACAAGAAAGAAAUUGCUAAUACUUUUAAUAAUUAUUUUGUGAGUUGUGCAUCGAAACUGGCAGAUUCGUUGGAAGACGAUAAUCAAGACCAAGACGUAGAGAAACUUGUGGAAAAAUCUAUUGUUUUCACCACACCAACCAGCAAAGAAAUCGAGAUUAUUAUCAGUCGACUAAAAUCAAAUUCUGCCGCCGGAUACGAUGAAAUAUCAGCGAAACGAAAGAUGAUUUUGAAUAAUGACAAAACAAAAUGCGUUAUGUUUAGAGGAAGCAGAAGCAGAAUGCAAUUGCCAGCAAUGAUUGAAAUUGGACGAGGAAUAAGCAUCGCAAGAAUAUCGACGUUUAAAUAUUUGGGACUCCAAUUAAAUGAAUUUCUCAAAUGGAGCGAACAUAUCAAAGUCAUUGAACGCAAAAUAGCAUCUUCAAAUGCAAUACUGUGGAAAUUGAGAUAUUCUUUGCCAACAGAAACGAAAAAACUUAUCUACGAUACACUUAUUCAGUCCUACAUCAGUUAUAUGAUACAAGUCUGGGGCUUUGCUAACUACAAAGAGCUUUCAAACUUGCAGAUAAUGCAGAACAAAGCGCUUUGUAACACGUACAAUUUACCCAAUCGCACAAAUCGAGUAGAAAUGUACACGCAUCUAGUGGAGUCGCACUUGCCAAUAAGAGGUAUAGCAGUCUUGAACACAUCUUGUCAUGUCUACAAGUCACUCAACAAUCAAACACACACAAACAUUAUUCACACAGAAGCAGGAGCCACAAGAAGUAACAUGACAUUGCGUAACAAUUCAUCACUUCGACCAGUGAAGAUUCGAACAGAGAUGCGAGAAAAAUCUAUUGAAUUCAUUGGACCAUCAAUUUUUAAUGAAAUUCCUGAUGAAAUCAAAAGAAGCAAACAUCAAUAUGAGUUUAAAUGGUGCAUGCGUUGUUACUUGCGCAAUGAAAACUUCAUCGGCUCAUGCUUUGACUCAAGUUUCUUUAAAUUCCAGCUCAGAUAA